GGUGGCGGCCGUGGCGGCGGCGGUGGCGGCUCCGAGCAGCCCCUCGCGCCGUCCGAGGAGGAGCCGCCCAGCUGUCCUGGACUAUGCUGGCGGGGCCCUAGGCACCUUGCACACCUUGCAUCAUGACCUGCUGGCUGCACAUGCUGGGCCUGCACUUGCUGCUGCUGCCCACAGCGCCCCUGGCCGCAGGCUGCCCCGCACGCUGCGAGUGCUCCGCGUCCACCCGCACUGUGGCCUGCGGGCGCCGCCGGCUGACCGCCAUCCCGGAGGGCAUCCCGGCCGAGACGCGGAUGCUGGAGCUGAGCCGCAAUCGCAUCCGCUGUCUGAACCCUGGGGACCUGGCCUCGCUGCCCACCCUGGAGGAGCUGGACCUCAACCAUAACGUGAUUGCCCACGUGGAGCCUGGGGCCUUCGCCAACCUGCCCCGCCUGCGCGUCCUGCGUCUCCGUGGCAACCAGCUGAAGCUCAUCCCGCCAGGCGUGUUCACGCAUCUGGACAGCCUCACGCUGCUGGACCUGAGCGAGAACAAGCUGGUCAUCCUGCUGGAUUUCAGCUUCCAGGACCUGCGCAGCCUGCAGCGGCUGGAGGUGGGCGACAAUGACCUGGUGUUCAUCUCCCGCAGGGCCUUCGCGGGGCUGCUGGGGCUGGCCGAGCUCACGCUGGAGCGCUGCAAUCUCACAUCACUGUCCCCAGAGUCGCUGGGUCACCUGCGGGGCUUGGGCGCUCUGCGCCUGCGCCACCUGGCCAUCGCUGCCCUGGAGGACCAGAAUUUCCAGAAGCUUCCGGGACUCUCGCAUCUGGAGAUCGACAACUGGCCGCUGCUGGAGGAGGUGGCCCCGGGCAGCCUGCGUGGGCUGAACCUCACAUCGCUGUCCAUCACGCACACCAACAUCACGGCUGUACCGGCCGCCGCGCUGCGACAGCAGGCCCACCUCACGUGCCUCAACCUGUCGCACAACCCCAUCAGCAUGGUGCCACGCGGCUCCUUCAGAGACCUGGUGCGCCUGCGUGAGCUGCACCUAGCAGGAGCCCUGCUGGCCAUCAUCGAGCCGCAGGCCUUCGUGGGGCUGCGACAGAUCCGCCUGCUCAACCUCUCGGACAACCUGCUGUCCACGCUGGAGGAGAACACGUUCCACUCGGUGAACACGCUCGAGACACUGCGCGUGGACGGCAACCCGCUGGCCUGCGACUGUCGCUUGCUGUGGAUCGUGCAGAGGCGGAAGACCCUGAACUUCGACGGCAGACUCCCCGCCUGCGCCACCCCCGCCGAGGUGCGCGGCGAUGCCCUGCACAAUCUCCCCGACUCUGUGCUCUUCGAGUACUUCGUGUGCCGCAAGCCCAAGAUCCGGGAGAGGCGGCUGCAGCAUGUGACCGCCACCGAGGGCGACGACGUGCGCUUUCUGUGCCGCGCUGAGGGUGAGCCCGCGCCCACGGUGGCCUGGGUGACCCCCCAGCACCAGUCGGUUACGGCUGCUAGCCGGGGCCGGGCACGCGUGCUGCCUGGGGGCACCCUGGCCAUCGCGGACACGCGGCCCCAGGACAGUGGCACCUACACGUGUGUGGCCAGCAACGCCGGGGGUAACGACACUUAUUUCGCCACCUUGACCGUCCAUCCGGCCGCCAACCGGACCCAGGGCGAUGGGCACAACGAGACCCAGGUGGGCGUCCGGUUCCCACUGGACCUCACCACCAUUCUUGUGUCCACCGCCAUGGGGUGCAUCACCUUCCUGGGCGUGGUCCUCUUCUGCUUUCUGCUGCUGUUUGUGUGGAGCCGUGGCCGCGGACAGCACAAGAAUAACUUUUCUGUGGAAUAUUCCUUCCGCAAGGUGGAUGGUCCGGCGGCUGCGGCUGGCCAGGGUGGCGCGCGCAAGUUCAACAUGAAGAUGAUCUGAGCCAAUCCCACGGUGAGCUGUGGGAGCAGGACCGUUCAAACCUCCGUCCAGUCCCAGAUAAUUUCCACCUAUGCAUAUUUUUCCCAGGGGGUAGGCAUGGAGGUGGCCGCAAGUCAACUCACAAGCAGAACUUCCUCAUUUUUGUAGACAUCUGCGGGACUGUUUUUGAGCAGAUCACAUCUUUUGCAGUUCCUGAAGUAUUUUCUAAGGGUUUCAACCUGUCUUUCCCACUCUCUGCUGUGGCUGCUGUGCUGGGACCCAAAGUGACUGGGGACACUCAGGGACCACAGUUUCUUAUGCAGAUGCAGGCUGUGCCCCCAAAGUCCUGUGUCCUCCCUGUGCCCUUACUCAGAAGUCACGUCCCCAGAUGCCUGGGGACACAGGACGCACCGUGCUUGCAGUGGCUGUCUCCUCCUCCGCUCAUUGUGAUCUGUGUCUCACACAAGGCCCAGGACUGCAGUAGGGACCUGGGAAUCCACCGGCCCAGCUCCUGUCCACCCACCGCUGCUCGGGUACCCAGGGCUACCCCAGAUCCUGCAGAGAGGCUCACAAUCACCUUGGGAGCCCUGUCCCCGCCACUUUCCAUCUCACCAGGAACUUCAGGCCCAGGAGGCCACCUGCCAGGAGAAGCCAUGUCCCCAUGUCCCCUAGAGGUCCCUCCACCCUGCCUUGCCAUGCUGGACAUCUGCUUGCAGGAGGGAUAGCUGCUCUGGGUCCUAGGAGUGUCUCUCAGGCCACUACAUCCUCUCUGCUGCUCUGCAGGGAAAGUGGACUGUUGCAGGGGUGAACAGGCAGGGCCAGUUGAUUGUGACAGGGCCAGGUCAUGAUCCACUAGCCUACCCCAUCUAAGUUCCUCCCCAGUGUCACCUCUGCCCGGUCACAGUUAGGACACUGUUGAAAGAGGGGACAGAGGGCACUUUGUGGGACUUGGCCAACUGACCCCCUGGACCAAUGUGGUAAGACAGGCUGCUGCUCUCUUCCCACCCGUCUGUGGUCCACUGGGACCCUGUGUCUUCCUUUACAGAGCAAGUCUGAGCCUGUAGCCUUCACCCUGUGUGCCCUAAUGAUUGUGUCCUGAGAGGAAGGAGGCAACCUAACGCCAUGAAAGACCCAGCUCAAGCUUGGCUAGUCUGAACUGGGCUGGGGACACGGAGACCCUCUGGUCCUACCCCCCUCCCCAUCACAUACAAACUGAUGAUCGACAGGACACGAGUGACUGGGACCCCCCCUCCCAUCACAUACAAACUGAUCGACAGGACACGAGUGACUGUGUAGGCUGGCAUUUUCAGACUAUCCCUGAGCCUAACAAGAUCGACCUCUUUGUCCUGGACUGUCCACUUAGCCCCUGUUGCUAUGGCAACCCCAGGGCCCUCAAAACAACAACCAACGAAAUCCAAGUGCCUUUAGAGUUAUUAAAAGACAGAAGGGGUGCACUCCCGGCAGGGUUAAGAGUUCACAAAGUGUCAGUACAUUACAUUGGGGUUCCCCAGUUCCAACGACCUCUAUCCUUACCUGCUGUGUUUGACUGAAAUCCAAUUAAA